CCGGAUGACGAUCCGCUACGCAACUCCUCAAUGACAUCGGACUGACUGCCUCACGCCAAAAAGUGCGGAGAAGCACCAUGCAUGCAGCUCCAAUCCCGAGAUAACAUCACCUUUACAACAUUGAACAUGUGAGCUUCUCAUACAUCAACCAUAACCAAGCUUAUUCUGAGCACCCUCAACUCCCGUAAACUCCAAACUUGAAUUGAAAGAUAGAUCCAUAGACCAAGAGCAAUGGCAAUGAAACGCCUCCAACAACUCGGCUCCCAACUCUCCUCGUCCAUCUCCCCCAACCCAGACGAGACAGAGACAAUGGCCUCGGCCUCGUCCAAAUUCGCCCUCAACGAAAACGGCAUCCCGCCCUUCGAGUCCUUGCCCCUCGGCAAAGACGACCCGCGCUUCUCGGCCUGGGGCUUGUACGGCGACAAGGACGAGCUGGGGACGCUGAAUAGGUUGACUGACGAGCGCGUCGCUGCUGCUGCGCGGGAGGAGAUUAAGACGGGCGUGAGAAUCUCCCUAAACUGGCCCCUAACAGCUCAAUCUACCCCCUUCUUCAACCGCCGCGCCUUCCACCACGACAUUUACCGCAAACACCCGCGCUUCGUAAACGACGACGAGUGGACCUUCAACUCACAGUCGUCGUCGCAGUGGGACGGCCUCCGGCACUUUGGGUACCAGAAGGAGGAGAAGUUUUACAACGGCGUCUCCAUGGACGAGGUCCACGCCGUGGGGGAGGAUGGGAGGCGGUCGACUGUGAAUGGGAUUCAAGCCUGGCAAAAACACGGCAUCGUAGGCAGAGGCAUCCUCGUAGACUACCACACCUGGCGCCUCGAGCAAAACAUCCCCUACGACCCCUUUGCGCGGGACUCCAUCCCCAUCGCGGACCUCCAAGCCUGCCUAAAAGCGCAAGGAACAGAGGUCAAGUUCGGUGACAUACUCAUCACCCGCACAGGCUUCACAGCAACACACGCCUCCCUCCCUCCCUCCACCCUAACCUCCCACCUCGCCGCAACCCCCCAAACCUUCUCCGGCGUAGCCCAAUCCGAAGACGCCCUCCGCUGGAUCUGGUCAAACUUCGCCGCCGUCGCGGGCGACCAGCCGUCCUUCGAGUGCUGGCCCCACCGCGACCCGCAGCACUGGAUGCACGAGGUCCUCCUCGCCGGCUGGGGCAUGCCCAUCGGCGAGCUCUUCGAUCUCGAAGCGCUCGCGGCGCAGUGUAAGCGCGAAAAGAGGUGGAGUUUCUUUGUCGUGAGCGAGCCGUGUAAUGUUCCUGGCGGGGUUGCGAGGUGAGCUUCUUAAAGUCCCCCCCCCCUUCUUCGGUAUGUUGUUUGAUUUUUGGCUAACAUGGUGUGUGUAAGUCCGCCCAAUAUUCUGGCCAUCUUCUGACAAGUCUGGUCGAGUCUCUAGUCGCCAUACGCGAAACUACCUGAUGUAAGCGAACGUAAAACACUUUGAUGGGAAUGAACGACACGGAGGUGAAACAUUUACUGCCAGCUUGAAAGACUGAAGAUUGUCGAGGGUGCCUGCGGUGAAAUCGUAAAGUGGCUGGUCACCCAGAACACUGCUGUCAUUCAACCAACACUGUACACAAUAGCCUACGCGUUAGCACAUAAUCAAACACGGCCCCAAAAGA